AUGAAGGUCGAAGUUGAUUCCUUUUCAGGUGCCAAGAUCUACCCAGGUAGAGGUACUUUGUUUGUUCGUGGUGACUCCAAGAUCUUUAGAUUCCAAAACUCCAAGAGCUCUUCUUUGUUCAAGCAAAGAAAGAACCCAAGAAGAAUUGCUUGGACCGUUCUUUACAGAAGACACCACAAGAAGGGUAUCACUGAAGAAGUCGCCAAAAAGAGAUCUAGAAAGAAUGUCAAGGUUCAAAGACCAAUCGUUGGUGCUUCUUUGGAAUUGAUCAAAGAGAGAAGAACCAUGAGACCAGAUAUCAGAAAGGCUCAAAGAGAGGAAAAGAAGAAAGCUGAUAAGGAAAAGAGAAAGACUGACAAGGCUACCAGAAAGGCUGAAAAAGCCAAAUCUGCUGCUGCCGGUGGUGCCAAGAUCUCCAAGCAACAAGCAAAGGGUGCUUUCCAAAAAGUUGCUGCUACCUCUCGUUAA